AUGACCCAGGAAAAUUGUUUGGAAAAUAGUGAUAAAGAUGAAAAAGAAGAUUGCAAUGAUCGUGGUAGUACAAUAAAAUUGAAACGGGAACUAGGAUUAUUCUCAGCUGUAAAUUUAAUUCUUGGAGUAAUGAUAGGGUCUGGAAUAUUCGUCUCUCCGGCUCUUGCACUUAAAUAUUCUGGGUCUGUUGCUAUGUGUCUUAUAAUUUGGACACUAUCUGGAGUUAUAUCAUUAUUAGGAGCCCUGUCAUUUGCUGAGCUUGGUACACUUCUUGGGCAAUCUGGAGCUGAAUAUUCAUACUUUCGAGAAGCUUUCGGGAAAAUGCAUAAAUUUUGGGGACCACUUCCUUCAUUUAUUUGUGCUUUUAUUUAUGUGAUAAUUUUACGACCAGCUGAAGUAGCUAUAAUUGUAAUGACCUUUGCGGAAUAUGCCAUUCAGCCUUUUACGACGGAUUUGGAUCUGCAUUUCAAGUCAAUAGCAAUUAAACUUACGUCUUUAUCUGCACUGUUUGUUAUGACCUACAUAAAUAUAACAAGUGUGAAAUUAUUUGUUAAAGUGCAAAAUGUGUUUGGCUUGUUUAAAAUUUUUGCUUGCCUCAUUGUUAUUGGAGGAGGAAUUUAUGUAAUUGCAACUGGCAAUAAUGAAUACCUUCAAAAAGGCUUUGAAGGCGACAAAAUAACCGCAGGAGGUAUUUCCCUUGCUCUAUAUUCAGGCCUAUGGGCCUAUGACGGAUGGAGCAGCGUCACCGUCGUUACUGAAGAAAUUAUUAAUCCAGCUGUGAAUGUCCCUCUCAGCAUAUCCAUAGCAGUGCCUCUAAUCACAGCACUCUACGUAUUUAUGAACGUAGCCUACAUGUCUGCUCUAAGCUUCACUGAGAUGACUUCAGUCCCGGCUGUGGCUGUCGCGUUUGGUGAUCGAGUUCUCGGUGCCGGUAGCUUCCUAAUACCUCUUGGUGUUGCCAUCGCAACAUUUGGUUGUGCUAUGAGCGUGCAGUUUGGAGUCACGAGGGUGUGUUACACGGCAGCUCGAGGUGGCCAUAUGAUUGAAGCAUUUUCUUUUGUUAAUAUAAAAAGACUGACUCCAGCGCCAGCUGUAGCCUUACAAGCAUUUAUUACCACAAUAUUUAUCAUCGUUGGCAAUAUUGCAACAUUGAUACAGUUCGCAAGUUGGUUCUUAUGGUUCUUCUAUGGACUGGCUAUGGUCGCGUUGCUCGUCCUAAGAAAGACGCAUGGCCAUUUGCCGCGUCCAUACAGAGUACCAACAUUAGUUCCUUGUUUUGUAUUAUUAGUUGCAAUAUUCCUUUCGGUGUUGCCAAUAGUGCACGACCCGUCAAUUAAAUACUUAAUGGCCAUAGCAUUUAUAGUCAUAGGAAUCGGAGUUUACACGCUAUUUGUGUAUUAUAAGAAGACGCCCACGAAAUUAUUAAAUAAAUUUACAUUCCUGGUACAAGUUCUAUUUGAGAGUGUGCCACCCAACAUUCCUGCAAAUUAUGAAGACUGA